GAAACUUCAAGUCUUCAACAUCAAAAGUAUUUUCUUGGUGGGGUUUACAUUGAUUUGAUAAAUUCAAUAUUUUGUUGUUGGAGAACAAAUACAAACAGACCGCAGGUUGGUUCCUACUUUGUUCUAGAUAAGAAUAAACUUUAGGCUUUAAUCUAUUUAAUGAUUGUUACUUCACCAACAAUCUAUAGCUAUUUAGUCUAUCUGGUAUAUCCAGCAAACCUUUUCACAUCAGAUCAAUCAACCAACAACACCUAACCAUCACAUCACAUCAAAUCAGCUAACCUCUCAUCAUGUCAACUGUUGACAUUGAUACUAAUACAUUCAAGCCAGCUCUAAUCAUAGUGGAUCUGCAAGAAGAUUUCUUACCUCCAGUAUGUUAUAUAUCUUAUCAAUGUUUACUCACGUAUUCACGUAUUCAUACUAACACAUUUAAGAAUGGUUCUCUAGCUGUAGCCAAUGGUCGGGAUACAAUUCCCAUCAUCAACAACCUCCUCAAUCUUCCAUUCCACCUCAAGAUCGCCACCAAAGAUUGGCACCCUUCAAAUCAUACAUCUUUUGCGUCAAAUCACCCAGGUACAAAACCAUACACAGAUUUCACUACCAUCAUAAAUCCGUCCAAUCCUUCUGAGACUUAUAAAACUCGUCUUUGGCCACCUCACUGUGUUCAGAAUACUCUCGGUUCUGAGUUCCCCUUUGAAUUAAACACAACACAAAUCUCCGAGACAAUUCUUAAGGGACAACAUCCUGAUGUAGAAAUGUAUUCGGCAUUUUACGAUCCCUUGAAGAACCCUCGGUGUAGUGAUAGUGGCUUGGCAGGCCAAUUGAAAGAUGAAGGCAUUACCGAUGUCUACGUAGUAGGUCUAGCAGCCGAUUAUUGUGUCAAGUGCACAGCUGAAGAUUCCGCCAAAGAGGGAUUUAAGACUUUCAUUUUAGAAGAGGGGACUCGAGCUGUUGAUCCUGUAGACUGGGAGAAGAUAAGAUCGAGUUUGGAAGGAAUCAAAGUUGUGAGUGUGAAUGGCAAAGAAGUUGAUCGAGUACGAAAGUUGAAGUGAGGAGAGGUCUAGCACGGAUGUCAAAUUACAAUUCGGUCUCUUUUAAUGACUGUUGGUUGUGCCGAAGAUGUGCUGAAAGCAAAUUCAUGCAAGUAUCUCAGGUGGUGACACCGAUUACAAUGCCCGUACUUCAAUAACCUUCUUUCUGAAGGGGAAGGCAUUGUAUUGCAAACAUAUCAAAUCAUAUAUCAAAAAUCAAUCC